UAUGCAAGGAGGUUAUUCUAACGUCCUUGAAUUACUGAUUACGUCGCGCAGUUCUCACUGAAACAUACAGUGUGUGUUGUGUGUGUGCCGUGAUAGCGAUUUAAGUUGUGCAUCGUGAAAGCCACAACUACGCUACAAUGCUUGUACCUAAAACGUUAAUUAGACACUUGAUUAAAUGCAGCUUGAGUGUUAGAACAUAUUCAUCUGCUUUAAAAUCAGCGAAUUUAAGUGAAGUUUGUGUUGAUUCAUUAAAAGGAAAUGACAGCGGAAUAAUAGUUCUUGGAUUGAACAGGCCGAAAGCAAGAAAUGCGUUAGGAAAGACAAUAGUCUCGGAACUAACAGAUUUACUGGAGAAUUUAAAACAUCUCGAUGAUGCUCGUGUAGUGAUAUUAAGAAGUUUGGUGCCUGGUGUGUUUUGUGCUGGUGCUGAUCUUAAGGAAAGAUUGGAAAUGAAAGAAGAUGAAGUAUUGCCAUUUGUUAAUCGGCUUAGGUUUAUUGUGAAAUCUACAGAAAGUUUACCGAUGCCGGUAAUAGCAGCUCUUGAUGGUCUUGCUGUUGGCGGAGGAUUUGAGAUGGCUUUAGGCUGUGACAUUAUAGUUGCGUCGAAUACGUGCAAAAUGGGGCUAGUGGAGACAAAAGUUGGCAUCCUUCCGGGUGCAGGAGGAACACAGAAGUUACCUCGCCUCGUUGGCCCUGCGUUUGCAAAGGAAUUAAUUUUCACCGCCCGAACUAUCAGUGGUGUUGAAGCUUACGAGAGAGGCAUUGUGAACUACGUUGUGGAACAGAAUGAACACAACGAUGCUGCCUAUCAAAAGUCACUAGCAGUUGCUAGAAGUAUACUUCCUAAUGCGCCGGUUGGCAUUAGAAUGGCAAAAAAGGCAAUUAAUAAAUCAAUGGACGUAGACAUCAACACAGGUUAUACCAUUGAGGAAGCUUGCUAUGCUCAGGUUAUAUCAACCAAAGACAGAAUUGAGGGACUUGCAGCGUUUAGAGAAAAACGACCUCCUAAAUUUACUGGCAGCUAAGAUAGAAUUAUUGAAAGAAGAAAUCCUUAUUUAGCCCUUCGUCAUUUGUAGAACGAAAGUGAACUACAAACCACUUGGAGAUUAAAGGAUAUAGUCCAGUUUCAUGUUACAAUUACAUAGUGACUGACCGCAGAUGAAAACUCUUUCAUGAAAUAUGUAAAGCUUGUUUGAAACAGCUUCUUGUAAAAUGGUUUCAGGUUUUCGGGUAAAGCUGUUAGUAGUUCCUUUAAUCACAAUCUGUUACUGUUACUGCAUUUUUUAAUUUGAAAUUCUUGUUUGUGAGGUAACAAAAAAAAUCCUGAUGUGUGCACUGUGUUCACUAUAAGCAUUGUCUCAGUGUACUUGCCUUCCUUUCUUAGUCCUUCAAAUCACUUUUCUCAGAAAGAAUUAUUUUUUAUUCAAAAACAUUGGUUUUGCCAGUUCACAAACUCACAUUUCCAAUCUAGCUUACACCAUAGAUGCGUUUCCACAACUAAUAUUUCUUUAAAUUGUAAUUUACUCAUACUGAUAAUUCUGGGAAUUCAUUCUAGUUUCCCUUUUCUAUGUUAGGUACAAGAAAGUAAUUACUUUGAACAGAAAGAACGCUGCUGUUCCUUAUUUUAAAUCAAUCAGUUCUUGUUUUUAUAUUUAUUUAAAACAAAGUAUUUAUGUAAGUUUACACAGUCCACCAUCAGCUGUUUAUAUACUGUGAAGUCGUACAUUAUUAAGCGGGACAGAAUUCCAUUAGUCCAAAUUAUGUAGUUGAGCCAGGCAUUAGGGCCUUCAUUGGAUAUUGUCAUUUUAAUGAAAGAUUCUGGGACUGGUGUCGACCUGAAGGAUGAUUUGAGCACGGUGGUGCUAUACUAGGGACGGUUCUAUGGAGUUGACGUGCCUUUGCUUUCCUGUCAUCUUUCAACAGGCUUAUCUGCCUGUUAUAGGAGAGUUACAGUUUAACAUCGGCUGUGAACUGUUGUGCAACUUCAUAGGUUUUUUCCCCACAUCGCUGUUAGAGAUGCUGUUAUUGAAUCUUGAGUGGAGACGGAGCCAAUACAGAAGUGUCUGAUUCCACCUGUCUGCUUUGACCCAUGACGUCAUCAAGAUGGCGGACACCCCUUGCCCCAGUAUAUACAAUAUGGCAAACACAAAGUCUAGAUACACCAACAAACAAAGAUAUAAACAUGCGAAAUAUUUCACUUCAACAAUAAAAUGAAACUAAUGGAGUGAAAGUAUAGGGUCUUGGGCAGGGACUAGGUAAAUAUACCAUAAUAAUGUCAAUAUUCCAGAACAACAAUACCGAAAAACAAUAAAUAUGAAAACCUCGAGAAUAAACCAGACAAAAAUGUCCGAGAAAUCUGGAACCAAAUAUUUCACUUGACUUAUAAAGGUCGAAGGAAAACAAUGAUACCAGCCAACCCCCCCUCCCCCCCCCCCCAAGCCCCCACCCACCCCACCCACCACCAUACUAAAUAACCAUUACUGAAACCCACUGUAAACAUUGCCACGCACACUUGUCCUUGGUUUGAGAAGCAGAGACUCAGUGCAGUGUCAGGAUUUCCACGCACUGCUGACACUUCACGCAUUUCGCCAAGUGACCAUAUAAGUGGAGAAUUUUAUUUGUAUAUGCCAUAUUGUCACCCAUUGAGUCUACCAAUUAAUGAGUAUUAAACUUCGUUGUAACAUCCAUAUUGUGCUUCUUUUGGUAUAUUAAAACCUUUCUUGAACUUUUGGUUAAAAGUAUUUUGUAUUGAAUACUUAGUCUGAGAGCUGCAGGCUGUUAAUCUGAGGUCAAUAAAAAUAGCAAAACUGUCUAUUUGGAAUUGUUUAAAAGUCGCUGUUUGGAAUAUUUUUUGUCAGUCAGGGAUCUCCUUUGACAGUGUAGUUGACUUGUAUUUUUUGUUUCAAGGAAGUGCACACAGUGGAGACUGCUUUCCAUUUUCUGGUUAUCUGCUCAUUUUUGUAUAUUGUAAAAUAAAGCAAUUUUUAUAGUUUUAUAUUUAAUACAGUUAGCUGCUCUGUGCAGUUUGUUAAUGUGAAAUUAAAUACUGUAUCUAUUGAUUGAUUAGUUCUCACUGUUAUUUAGUUAGUGAAAACUUGGCAAUUAUUUUGAAGCUCCUUCAAAAUCGUGGAAAAAGUAUAACAGCUAUUAAAGUUGAAAAGAUCAAUAAUAAUAAUAUUUUAUUGUCGUUAAGCUUACAGAAGCAACAAACAACGUCAAAUUAUAAAAUAUAAACAAAAUUAUAUGCAGGAGUUAUAAGUACAAUGUUACAAUAGUUUUAUAAAUAGUCAAUAGACAGGAGAUACAAUAUAUAGAGUGAGGUGGUAUAACCAAAUCAAUCAGAAUGUACCAGUACAAAAUACAGGAAAAAGUCAGAAUACGGAAUAUUAUCCAGCAUUGGUAAAAUAACAAUAAUUCAUGGAUUUAGUACAUACUUACUAAAAACUGGAAGCUAAGUAUGGUCUGAUUAACAUUACCAAUUUCUGGCACUCAUUUCAUCUAAUUGUUUGUAUCUAAAGUUAGUAUCAGUUUUCAUUUUGUAAAAUGUAGUAAUUGCUGAUUGCCUGAGGCUGUUGACAUUUGCUCACGGAAUUCGUUAAAUAUUUCACAUCCAAUAUUACAUCCAAAGUGAAUGAGCAUUACCAAUGAGGGUGUAGCAAUUGCUGGUCUUCGGAAACUGUUGACGAAGUGUUGUGAUCUAUUUUUUGCAUGUGUUUGAUAAACCAAUUUUUGUAGUGAUUAUGUGAAUUAUAUUAUAAAAUAUAAAAUUAAGUGCUGAAAAUCAUAUCAGUGUAAAACUUUUUCAUUGUUUGUAUAAAGUACAAAGUGUGUAAAAACACAGUUGGUGAUCUGAGGUGCAUUUAAAUGGUUUUUUAGCUUCAUGAAACUAUGUAUGUAUAUUAAUCUUUUAUACAAAACUGUGUUCAGUAUAUUUUAAAUUUUGAAUAAAUUUAUUUUUUUAGUAA